UUUGACCACUCCUCCUUCCCCUUCCCUUUUGUUUACAGUGAGUUGUUGGAGACGGCUUGCAUUGCACUCGAAUAUCAACCACUGGGACUUGGGGGAGUGAACAACUGACUUCCCUCUUGCUGCCUGAAACAUGAAAAUUAGAACUAUUUUUAAUUAUGACUCACAGGAAGUUGCUGUUGUACUAGAAAAUGAAGCAGCCAUGGCUGCUGCGAAUCCAGCACAACGGUUCCUAGGUGAACUGACUUGUUCACUGUGUCUGGAUUAUUUUCAAGAUCCAGUGUCUUUAGAUUGUGGGCACAAUUUCUGCCAGGCCUGCAUCAAUGUGUGGUGGGAUGGACUGAAGACAAACUUCUGCUGUCCGGAGUGCAGAGAAACCUUUUCCCAUAGAAACUUCAAACCAAACAGGCAGCUGAAGAACAUUGUUGAAGCCUCCAGAACACUUAGACUGGAGUCAACAAAUGAACCAGAAGUCCGGAGAGAGUGUAAGAAACACAGUGAGGUUUUAAAAGUCUUCUGCCAAGAGGAUCAAACCCCCAUUUGUAUGGUUUGCCAUCUGUCCCGAGAUCACAAAGCCCACGCUGUGGUUCCCAUAGAGGAGGCUGCCCAGGAGUACAAGGAUCAGAUUCUGAGCCAUCUGGAGACUUUAAAGAAGAAUCGAAAAGAGGUUCUGACAUUCCGAUCGAAUGAGGAAAAGAAAAGCCAGGAACUGCUGAAAAAGACAGAAACCGAGAGGCAGAAGAUUGUGUCUGAAUUUCAGCAACUGCGUCGGUUUCUGGAGAAACAAGAGAGAUUCCAGCUGGCCCAGCUCGAUGAGAUGGAGCAGGACAUCGUGAAGAAGAGGGAUGGAUAUAUCGACAGACUAAAUGAGGAAAUAUCACUUCUCAAUAAGUUGAUCUAUGAGCUAUACAAGAAGUGUCAGCUGUCAGCAAGUGAAUUUCUGCAGGACAUCAGAAGCACCUUGAGAAGAUGUGAAAGAAAGACAUUUCAGAAUCCUUUGUCUCUUUCUCCUGAACUGAAAUGGGGCAGCUGGAAUUUCUCUGAAAAAUCUACAAUUCUACAGAACAUACAGAAGAAAUGCAGAGAAUCUUUCUCAUCUGAAUGGAAAUUGCACAAAGUAAACGUGACUCUGGAUCCAGACACGGCCCAUCCCGAACUCAUCGUGUCUGCGGAUCGGAGAAGUGUGAGACGGGGAGACACAGGGCAGGCUCUGCCCAACAAUCCUGAGAGAUUUGAUACGAAGCUCUGUGUGCUGGGCUGUGAGGGAUUCACCUCUGGGAGGCACUGCUGGGAGGUGGAGGCAAUGGGACUCUGUGCUGUUGGGGUGGCCAGAGAAUCUGUGAGCAGGAAGGGACGGAUCAACUUUAGCUCUAAGGACGGGGUCUGGGCUGUGGAAUGGAGCGGGGAACAGUGGUGCCGGGCUCCUACCUCCCCUGUGACCUCCCUGUUCCUGAUCAAGGCACCUAGCAGGAUCCGGGUUUAUCUGGACUAUGAAAGGGGGAAGGUGGCAUUCAUCAAUGCUGGUAAAGGGGACCCGAUCUUCACUUUCCCAGCAACUUUUUUUGCUGGUGAGAGAAUCUGCCCGUUUUUCCGAGUUGGAUUCAGGAGACUCUCUGGUCUGUUCCAUCCCAGUUCCCAGCUCACACUGUGUCCCUGAGAUGCCCUGUCAGGCCUAGGGUGACCAUCUUUGUUGGCUGGAAAGAAGAGAAAACCCACGUGAAAAAUAAGGGACAAGGCUUUAUUUUAAAGGAUGUGGUAAGGAAACGCUAUUUCCUUUAACCUGUCAUAUAUAUUUCUCUCUCAAGUUUACUUCAAGAAUACAAUGCAAUUAUCAUAAACGUCAAUGUAAUCUUUAAAAUGGUCAGGGACAUCUCUUAAAAUAAGGAAUGGGUGGUCACCCCAAGAGACAAAUCGAUGAAAUAAGCAACAGUCCAUUAAAACAAGGGAUGAGUGGUCAUCCUAGUCAGACCUCAUGAAGCACGCUCUGCUAGCCCUAGCUUCUUAGUCUGUAUGACCCUGCAGAACUCAGCCAGACCCUUUCCCACCCAACUUCCAGCCAUCACCCACCCAUCUGUAUAACCAUGGAGACAGUGAUAAGAGAGGGUUGUGGAGCUCUGUGUGAGGGCAGAGAGGUGCUCUAGGCUGGGACUCUAUGAUCCAGGAUGCCAAAUCUGUCUGGAGUGAGACCCCGAGGGAGUGGGACAGGGAGACCCAGCCAAGGCCCUGGGAGGGGGAGGCCUGGCUGAAGAGGAGUUGUGCUUAAGUAUCAAAUAUGCAAGUUUUAGUAUUUGGAUCAAAUCUCCUUACUUUUCCCCUGAACAGGUUUGUCUCAGAAUAUUAUUAUUCUGCAAUAGGAAAUGAACUGCUUCUGUGGCAGAAACUAGAAGAGAAGAUCUUUCUUUUAUCUUCGGCAGAUCUUGCUGUACGUACAGGGUCAAAUUCCCUCUUUGGUUUUGUUUAAACUGGAAAAAGGCAUCCUGGUUAAAAAAACAUGUUAACUAAUGUGUUUUAACGAACAUGAAAGUAAACGUGGCUUUGCGCCUAGCGCAGACAUGGGCCGUUGUGUUUAAAAUCAUGUUAGCUGCUCAUUCAUUAGCCACAAGCAGCUAAUAUAUUUUAAAUACAGCUAUUACUGUGUAUAUAACGUACUAAGGCUGAAUUUAAAAAAAAAAACGAAGUGACUUAAAUCUUAUUGAUUUUCAAUGGAAUUUGUGCUCCUAAAUAACUUAGGAUGGGAUUUGCAAAAACACCUAAGUCAUAUGUAUCAGGGUUAGUUUAAAUGUGUUAAUAUAUUUUCUAACAUAAUGCAUUUCCCCAGUGUAGACAAACUGCCUGUGUUCUCCAGUUCACCUAUUAAAAUUGCC